ACACAACCACUGCACUUCUCGAUAGUUCACAGGUUUUGGUGAUUUUGUGCAGAGAUGGAGGACGAGGUAGUUCUGUUGGAUACAUGGGCAAGCAUGUUUGGGAUGAGGGUUAGAAUUGCAUUAGCUGAAAAGGGUGUUAAGUAUGAAUACAAGGAAGAGAAUCUUAGGAACAAGAGUCCUUUGCUUCUUCAGAUGAACCCUAUUCACAAGAAAAUUCCAGUUCUCAUUCAUAAUGGCAAACCCAUUUGUGAAUCUGCAAUUAUUGUGCAAUACAUAGAUGAGGUCUGGAACGACAAGGUUCCACUCAUGCCCUCUGAUCCUUACCAGAGAGCUCAAGCAAGAUUUUGGGUUGAUUAUAUUGACAAGAAGAUAUAUGAUACUUGGAGGAAAAUGUGGCUUUCUACAGGAGAAGAGCAUGAGGCAUGGAAGAAGGAGUUGAUCUCUAUCUUGAAGCAGCUAGAAGAGCCACUUGGUGAUAAACCCUUUUAUGGGGGUGACACAUUUGGCUUUCUUGAUCUUGGUUUAAUCCCUUUCUACAGUUGGUUUUACACUUUUGAGACAUGUGGCAACUUCAAAAUGGAAGCAGAGUGUCCUAAAUUAGUGGCUUGGGCCAAGAAAUGCAUGCAGAGAGAUACUGUGGCCAAAACUCUUCCUGAUGAGAAGAAAGUAUAUGAUCAUGUUGUGGGCAUGAAGAAAGCACUUGAAUCUAAUUAGAGGAACUUCAUGAAUCAAUCCAUUAAUGACUUGCAUAUUAGAUAUGGUAUUGUAACGUCUUUUGUAUUUUUAUCAUGUGUUUGCUAGGCUCGAGUUACGUGUGCCUUGCUAGACACUUGAGUGUGUCUAGAGGAUUUGAAUCAGAUGAAAGAUUGAGGUUGUAAUGUUUUUUUUUUAUGUUGUGCAUUUAUGAUCAGUAAAAGGCUCAUUUUAUAAAGCUUAUAGAGAAUGUUUAGAAUUAUUUAAUAGGUUCUUUUCCGACGCUAAUUUAUUGUAAAAAUUUGACCACAAAACUUUUAGUAUAAGUUAAAAUGAACUUUUCU